CAUUGAAAAAGACAUGUAGUUGCCUGUUACUACAAAAUUAUCUAUUUUACAAUUGGUUUCUACUAUUAUAUAUUAUAGUAUUAUAAUUAUAGAAUCAUAUUCAUUUUGUGUAUGGUACAAACAAAUUAAAUAAAAAUAUUAAUAACAUAAUAUAACUGUUAAACAUACAUAUUUAGUGUUUGUAAACAUAACCUUUUUGUUUUAUUAACCAUAUAUCCAAUAAAAAGUAUUUUGAAAUACUGAAAUAUAAAAACAUAUGUAUAUACAUUCAAUAAUUCUUGUUACAUUAUUAUUAUCUCAAUUAUAAACAACACGUACUAUGGGACGUAGUCGUUCACCUUCUCCAGGAAGAAGAAGAGAUCGAUCUCGAGAUCGAGAUCGGGAACGUGAACGAGACAGAGAUAGAAGAAGAAGACGUUCUCGUGAAAGAAGACGAAGAUCUGUUGAACGGGAUCGAGUAAAAUCGAGAGAAAGAGAAAGGGAUCGUGACCGUGAACGAGAUAGGCACAGACGUUCAUAUAGUAGAUCUAGAUCAAGAGAAAGAGAUAGACCUAAACCCAAAUUAAAACCUACAACAGAACGUCCUGUUAUUACAGAAGCUGAUCUUCAAGGAAAAACACCAGAAGAACAAGAAAUGAUGAGAAUAAUGGGUUUUUGUGGUUUUGAUACUACUAAGGGCAAAAAAGUUGAAGGAAAUGAUGUGGGAGCUGUACAUGUUAUUCUUAAAAGAAAGUAUAGACAAUACAUGAAUAGAAAAGGAGGAUUCAAUAGACCAUUGGAUUUUGUAGCAUAAAUUUUAUAAAUAUGACAAUUCCAUAAACAAUACAAUUUCAAAUUCUUUACAAUUCGUACGAAUUCCAUUGUUUAGUGGCCUGGUUAGAACAAUAGGAUGUGCAAAUGGUAUAGAAAAUAAUUCAUAUAAGUAAACAUAAUAUAUCAUACAGAAAAAAGUGAA